AUGCUGGCAAUCUCCAACGCUAAUCAUGGAAAGGCCCAACAGGUGUCAGUGGCUCGUCCCUACAGACGUGUUGGUAAGUAUAAAUACAAUUUCUAAUAAUAAUCCGCUUUUUUAGAUUGUUUAGAUGUAGCUUCUCUAUACGUUUCCUUCUUUUUACUUUACGGUGUUAUAACAAUAACAGUUUAAUACGUUCAACUUUGCAUUUUAUACACGUUAUCAGAAUAACUAAACAAACAACAUCUUAAUUAUUAGUCAACUAAAAAGUGUCUCGCUACUUUCGGUUCAACCUAUUACUUUCCAAAUAUCGUAUUUUAACAUAACAUAAAAAAUUAAAAUGACUUACCCUUAUAACAUAACAAAGAUCAUAUUUAGUAGGGUCGGUGUUUGACGAACACAUCGAAAUAAUAAAUUUGACAAACACAUGGGUUCAAGUACGAGUCAAAACUUCUGAAUGCUACAAAGCCGAAUUUGGGGUUUUGAUGCUGAAAGCUGGCACUGGGACGACUAUUGUUGUUCACGGGGAUUGCUGGAAUGGUUGUGUAGACCACACAAUUGUGGAGUAUCAAGAGGACUAA